AUGCUUGCAGUGCCUGGAAGACGAAGGGUGAAACCGCUGAUGAUUCCUUCGUCCAUGUCCUUGCCGACGUCUCAAAAGUACGAUGAAUUGUACGGGACGCUGUCGGGACGAUCGAGGAAACCUUCACCCGGGUCGGAGGGAAACGUGUUGAGCCAAGAACACACCCGGAAAGUCCAAGCAUCCGAUUUACAGUACUCAGAAGAUACGUCACAGCUUCCUAUAAAGCGAGUUCUCCUCACCAAAGAUUCCAGAGAUAAACUUUCCGGAGGUCGGGCGUGGGGGAUGCGUAUCGAAGGGGGAAAACACAUGGGGCACGGAUCUUCCUUUACCACUGCUGCCGUGGUCCACAAAAUCGAUCCUGGCGGUGUCAUCGAGACCUUGGGAGAAGUUCACAAGGGUGAUAUCGUGUUGGAGUGGAAUGGAGUCUCUCUGGUGGGAAAAUCACACGAGGCAGUGACCCAGAUCGUGUCUCAGCCGGCCGAAGAGGUGGAGGUUCUCAUUCAAUGAACUCAUAGCCAAAACAAUGUAAUCCAAGAACAUGAUUACAAGAUCAUUCACCGUAUCAGGUUUCUAACGAGCUUUCCUUCGAUCAGCACACAUGGAGAUCGGGUGCCACAGGAGAACGGACAAAAAUCUGAGGAAUACGAGGAAGAACCUGUCCGAUCAACUGGUCGAAGUGAUAAAGGAGGUAUUCUGCAACUGUCACCAACAAUGGAAGAAGAUUGCUCAGCUGAUAGUUCAGGUACUAUGGUCUCGCCGAUGGAGACAUCAAAGGAACUUCCUUUAGGGAAAUUGGAGGUGCAGAUUUGCCAUGACGUACGGGCAUCGAUUCUUUACGUAACAAUCCUCAGAGGAAUAGGUCUCCUGGUGUAUCGAAGUGAUGGAGACACGAGGCCUGACCCAUUUGUCAAAUGCCAAUUACUUCCUGGUCAUGCGGUGGAGAAUGAGCGAAGAACGAGGUGCCUCCAGAGAAACAGCACUCCGGUAUGGAAUCAAACCAUGGUAUACCCACAUAUCACCACGGCUGACCUUCGACACUACAAACUGAUCAUUAGUGCUUGGAGUUUUGAGGUGGGAAGAAGGAAGAAGUUCCUCGGACAGAUCCUCAUACGACUCAACGAUGGGAGGCUAUCAGAUGAAGAGCCUCGCUGGUACCAGCUGAGAGACCGAGCAACUGGGAUCCAAGAAGGAGCGGAGGCAGCAACAGCAGGAGCAGGAGAAGGAACAAGUGGACAAAAUAGGAUGCCAGAAUCUGGAUCUGGAUCCGCCCCACAGGAGUUGAAUUUCGUCAUCUUCGAGGAGACUCUUGAGCUGCCGCAGCUGCUCCUUUCGGAACUCCACAUCUCUCUCUCGUUUAUCCGAGCUAUAUGCUUCUCUCAGCUCCCUUAA